AUGAAAUAUACUACCAUGCACCUUAUGCCCCAAACUUGGCUGUAUCUUCUUGCAACUGCUUCCACCAUCUCGGCUACUCCCUCGGCCUUUAAGCUAGGGGAACAAGCCUUGGAAGAUCGCAGCUCUCUCUGCCCCGUGGUCUGCGAUGACACCUGGUGUUGUCUUACGGGUCAAAUUUGCCAGGCUGCCAGCGAAGGUGAUAUACCUUACGUAUGCGACGAUCCGCUCCUCGCCGCCACCGAGUCGGCUUUUGCGCUUGGCCCUCUCAGCAUCCAGGUCGAGUCAGUCUUGUCGGACAACAGCGCCUUUAUCUCCAGCCUUGCGGCUACGCUAUCGCUGACCUUGACCUUCACCACGUCUCUGCCGGAUGAUAUAUCAUCAACAGAACCAACCACAAUACCAGAGCCCAGUGGAGGACCAAUGCCUCCUUCAUUGUCUAUUUCCAAUUCCUUGGAGACGGCCAGGACUACGCAGCCUUCAGCCUCUCUGGAGGCUGCGACUUCUUCGUCCUCCGAGGAAGUAGCUACAACUACCAGUGAGGACGCUGCGCCUGCCGUCACGGGUCAAUCUUGGUGGUCCUGCAAGCUCCCAAUUGGGAUCGCGCUUGCAAUGGCGCUUUGA